AUGGUACCAAUUGUAUUGAAUUCACAGUCUGUUAGCGGGAUAACAGGUUCCAUCUCUAUUGCAUGUUGGAUCAUUGUUUUCGUACCGCAAAUUUAUGAGAACUUUUAUCGCAGUUCAGCAGAUAGUCUCUCUCUACUAUUCGUGGUUCUCUGGCUAUUGGGCGACGUUUUUAAUGUCCUUGGUGCAGUAAUGCAGAAUCUGCUGCCAACUAUGAUUAUUUUGGCAGCAUACUAUACUCUGGCAGAUGUUGUGCUUUUGGUGCAGUGUUUGUUUUACGGAAACGGAGAAAAGGUGGACGCAGUGCAUUUGUCGCCAGCAAAUCCGAUCAACGAAAGGGUCCUCGAGGACGUAUUCCAUGAGCACCAACCUCUUUUGAGAGACGCCAAAAAGAAUCACCACCAUGAUGCCACAGUCCAAGCCUCUUCUACUGGUGCUUCUUCAUCUUCCGUAACUGGUCAAUCUGAGGACGCCAAUGGUAGCGUCACUGAAAAUCGCAACAGAACAUACGUCACUAACGCACUGCUGAUAAGCGCGGUUUUCUUGGGUGGCUUCUUGUCCUGGUACAUUUCGUAUUUGAAGGACCCAGAUGCCACACCUGCAGAGCCGGAUUUGCACAUGAACUGGCUCGCUCAAUUUUUCGGUUACUUGAGUGCUGUACUAUACCUGGCUUCUCGUGUCCCCCAGAUUCUACUCAACUUUCAACGCAAAUCCUGCGAUGGCAUUUCUUUCCUGUUUUUCCUGUUUGCCUGCAUUGGAAACAUUACCUUUAUUAUAUCUGUUUUGAGCAUUUCUGUCGCUCCACGCUAUUUGUUGGUCAAUGCAUCAUGGCUAAUUGGUAGUACUGGUACACUUCUCAUGGAUUUUGUCAUUUUCCUACAGUUUUUCUAUUUCAAGAAUGACGGUACCAUCUCUACAGGAGUUGUCGUGUAA